AUUAUUCAUGCCUUAUCCUAUAAGUAUUUCAACAAUCGAUACAACAUCGCUCACACGGAAUGAAGCACGCAAACUUCGAAGGCUUGAAUUAAAAAAGUAUCAAGCUUAUGAAGUUAUUGUAAAAUUUGAAAGAGCGUCGCUUGAUCAAUUGUUUUCACCAGAACUUACGCGAUAUUUAUGUAUAACCAAUCUUUGUUUCGGUGGAGUUGGAGGUGUUACAACAGAAGAAAUAUCAAAAGUAUUUAAUACCUUUGAUGGCUUGACCGGAAUAAAAUUAACCCAUGGAAAGCCAUACUCGUUUGCAUUAUUUAAUUCCGCAGUUUCUGCCUCAUAUGCUAGAGAGAUUCUUCACAAUAAACCAUGCGAACUUCUAAAUGGUAAAAUUCUCUUUAUUGAAUAUGUGAAUUUGACUUGUCAAAGUUUCAUGAAACAAAUUAAAGACUCGAAUGAAUUGACUAUACCUGGAUUGAUUUUGUUGGAGGAGUUCGUACCAGUGGAGUUAGAAAAAAGUAUAUUACAAGAUUUAUAUUCAAACACCGCUUGGAUCCCUGUUCAAGAUCGUAGUGUAUUACACUUUGGUUACUCAUUUAAUUAUGAUUCAAAUGAAGUUGGCUUACCAUCACGUCAAUUUCCACCUUAUGUAAAUUCACUUCUUGAAAAGCUAAAGAAAUUAUACCCUUCAAUAUCGAAUAUUGAGCAAUUAACAGUGCAGCAUUAUCCAAUUGGCACUGGAAUCCCACCUCAUGUAGAUAGUCAUUCCUCAUUUGGAUCAAUUGUUUUAGCAUUCAGUCUUGAAAGUCCUGUAAUUAUGGAAUUUAAGAACCUUCAAACAGGAGUCGUUGUAAAUAUAGAUUUACAAGAAAGAUCUUUAAUGAUACUUAAAGACGAGGCACGAUAUGCUUGGAGUCAUGCCAUACGGGCAAGAAAAAGUGAUCUAUUAGAGGAUGGACGAGUCAGAGAACGAGGUCAAAGAGUUUCUUUGACUCUCCGAACUGUCAAUCCUGAAAAAAUUUGCCAUUGCAAAUGGCCUGAUUUGUGCGAUCGCAACAUUGCUCAUUUGAAAAAAGAUUCUUGA